AUGGCGGCUGGUUUUGUCUUGGGAUUCCUGUUACUGAUGGUGGUGUUUAUUCUUUCGCUCUUGGACAAAACGAAAAGUGUCUCUGAUGACCUCCGCUGGCCCUUUCGUCUUGUCCCAAUGUACUGCAUCGGUGAAGGCGUCAUCAACCUUAACAAAUACAAACAAAUGAAAGCGGCGGGUUUGGUGGCAUUUGCGUUCGAUGGCGAUGUAACUGACCACCCUAUUGCGUUUCUUUCAGUGGAGGUUCCUGUUUUUUUUUUUGGGUUGCUGUUGAUUUUGAUUGAUCAUCCAAGGCGACGUACGUGGUGGGAGCGCGUCUCCUACCGUCGUGGGAGGCACAACAUCGAGGAGAUGGACACGGAUGUUGAGGAUGAGCGGAAUGCCGUGUACGAUUCAACGAAAGGGGGUGUUGUGGAGGGAGUUGUGACAGUGUGUGACCUACGCAAAGAGUACCCCAAUGGGAAAGUUGCGGUACGGAAUCUCACGCUCGAUAUUCUUCCCGGAGAGGGGUUUGGCUUGCUUGGUACGAACGGCGCGGGGAAGACGACAACUAUUUCGAUUCUAUGCCAGGAAUUUCUCCCCACGGGCGGAUCCGCGUACGUCUGUGGGUAUGAUGUUGUGGAGGAGAGCGCUGCGGCCCUGCAGUACGUUGGCUACUACCCACAGUUUGACGCCAGCCUGGAUUUUCUGACGGUGGAGGAGCACCUGCGGCUGUGCGCAGGACUGUGUUGCAUUGCGGAGAGCCAACACGACGAAGGUGUCUCUGGGCGGUUACGUUUGUGUGGGCUGGUGGAGUAUCGGAGUACACUUGCGCACGAGCUGAGCAGGGGCGACCGGCGGAAACGGAGUGUGACGAUGGCGUUGGUGUGCGGCCUCCCCGGAGGCACUGCGGUGCCACGUUUUGGCAUAUCUUGUGAGCCGUUAGAUCUCUUCAAUGUGGCUUCUUUCGGGUGCAGCAUCUCCUGUAACGGGGAGGCGAGUGUGGUGGAGACACGGAAGGGCUUUUUCUGGAACGCUUCCUCGCACUUUUGGAGCGUGUGCCUCGACAGACCCUCAGGGAAGGUUGAGCCUUGUGAGAUUUUUAACUCUAUUCCGUUUGUGUUUGUUAAGGUGUGGGCUUGGUUUCUCUGA